GUGUUUUGGUGUCUGGUCUACAGUUCACCACACUGAACAGUACACAGACUCUCUAGUCGCCAACCUGUGUCUAUGCUAUUUCCAGAACCUCUGAUGUUCCUCCUGUGUUUCCCCAUUGUACUCCUCCUUGUCUCUGGAUUCCAGUAUCAGUCUCCAGCUAUUCAGUCACCCACUCAUCUGCAAGUUUACCCAGUUGGACUAGUUACUAUCACCUUCCCUUUUCUCACCAUUCAACACUGUUCAAUAAACCCUGUUCCUCCGUUUACCAUCCAUCUGUGCCUUGAUUUGUGAUAGAAGACCGGACCUAAAAAAGGAAGGAUGACUGCGCCUGAGGAUUGGCUGUGCUGUUUGCGGCAGGGUGGUCGGCCAUUGGAACGGUGGGGAUGGAAAACCAUUUUUACGUUGUUAUCGUCUAUGCAUUGAUGCACCUAUUGUUAGUCCAAGGAGCCAGACAGGGUCAAGACAUAAAAUGUGGAGCGUGCAGGGCAUUAGUUGAUGAAAUGGAGUGGGCCAUAUCACAAAUAGAUCCCAAGAAAAUGAUCCAGACCGGCUCAUUUAGGAUUAAUCCUGAUGGCAGUCAGUCAGUAAGAGAGGUUCCUUUUUCCCGCUCUGAGAGUCAUCUGCUUGAACUGAUGGAAGAGGUUUGUGAGAAGAUGAACGAUUACGGUGAACGGGUUGACCCUGCCACCAAUCGGAAGACAUACGUGAGACAUACAUCCCGUGAUGGCACUGCCAUGGACCUCUCUGAUGUGGCCUUUGACUCCAGAGUCAGCUCUAGUUUAAAGUUUGCUUGUGAAACAAUUGUUGAGCAGCAUGAGGAUGAACUUAUUGAAUUCUUUGAUCACGAGACAGACAAUGUUAAAGACAAGCUCUGCAGUAAGAGGACAGAUCUUUGUGACCAUGCCCUGAAGAUACCUCAUGAUGAGUUAUAACAUGAGCCAAGCACAUCAUGACAGCUUCAUCAUUGGCCUUCUCCUGUUCUGCUGCAGUAAACAGACUGAUUCUCUUACUUGUUGAGGACGCUGAACAUACAGAGAUCUACUUAAGUGAUGUUAGGCAAAACAUUACGUAAUGUUCUUGACCCUGUGGGUUACCUGUUGACAUGUUCAACUGUAUUAAUAGCGUUACCAUCAAAACUGUUCAUUGUCAUUAAUUAAAGCUGACUUUCUACAGCUAAAAAUUAGAUCUCUUUACGAGUCAAUCCAAUGGCAUACUUUUAUAUUUAAAUGUCUUUGGAUGCACUUAGUUUAGAAGAUAACGUUCAGUAUAUUUAUUAUAAGCACAGAUAAGAGCACUUCUUGAGUUCCUAGUUCUAGUGAUAAUAAUAAUAAUAAUAAAUUUUAUAUGGUGGCGCCUUUCAGAAAACCCAAGGACACCUUACAAAACAGAUUUAGAAAAAAACAAUUAUCAAUAGUACAAUCAAGAAUUAAAAACAAGGUGUUAAACUAAUAAAAACAAUUAGGCCAUAAAAUCAAUAUGGAUAUGAAGAAACUUAUAUAGGAUAUGCUGAUCUAAACAAAUGUGAUUUGACUUGAUGAAGAGAGUCCAGUUGACAGAUAUGUAGAGGAAGAGCGUUCCAGAGACGUCACAUGGAGCGGAGCUGAUGUUUUUCAGGUCUCGACUCUGAUCAGAUUACUAGUCCUUAAGUCUUAAUCAGUUAUGUUACCACCGUUUUGUUCGGAAGUGAAUAUCGGUUAAUCCACAUUUGUGUUCAUUUGUUUUCUUGCCACACAGGAUUGCAUUGGUUGUUGCUUCUAGAUUUGUCAACAUUCAUUGUAUUUAUGUAUCCGUUCAGGACCAUGUUAUAUUUGUAUUUGUUUUAUUAUCGUAAUAUACCCUAAUAAUAAGAAAGCCAUUUCUUUUAGACAUUACAUGGUCACGUGUGAAUUUUUAAAUUAAUUAUUUUUUUAAACUCCCAAUUUAUACAAUGGAGCCUUAACUGUCAAUGGGUAAAAAUCUACAUAUUUCAUAUUUUCCUAAAAUUUUGGGAGUGCUAAGUUUUUAUCAUUACAUGUCAGUUUUGCUAAUUGUUAAGUGAUGAAACCAAGCAUUAAGAUGUACAAUGCAGAAUGAGUCUGACCUAAAGAGACGUACAUCUGUAAUUGCUAUUUUAAUUAAAUGUUUUUAAAUGUCUGUGGAUAUCUUUUA